AUUGGCUAGGAUCAACGAAAACAAAAGGCACGGGAGCCACUGGCGCGCACAUCGUCGGUGAUCACGGUCACGGGCUAGCAAAAGCAAACAAGGAGGAGGCGAAGGAGCUCGGAAAGCGGACGGCGCGCUCUAGAAGGCCGGCCGGCCACCGGGUCGCUGUCCGACAGCUCGGCCACAGCCGCGUCCGGCCGGCGCGCGCAAGGACGACCCGCUCAUGAGGCAACCAUGCUCUUCCUCCUCAGCAAGUACUUAUCCAGGGGCAGCAAGAGCACGGCAGCCGGCGCCGACGACGACGACGACAACAGGCGCAAGAUGCCGGCGGCGUCCAACGGUGCCGCGGAGGGCGGGCGCGGGUGCAUGGCCGGCUGCGUGCCGGUGCGCGCCAAGCGGGCGGCCACGGUCACCACCACGGUCACCACGACAUCGGCGCGGACGUCGCGGCACAACUUCGUCAGGUCCGCGGCUGCGGGGCUGUUCCCCGCGGCGCGGGAGUUCACCAACCACGAGUCCCUCCCGGCGCUGCCGGACGCCUACGCCGAGUUCGCCGCCGCCUUCCCGCAGCACGGCGGGCUCGCCGGCCCCGCGGACGCGAUCAGGGACGGCGAGUACGGGCACCUCGACCGCCACGUCUGCCUCGACUACACCGGGAUGAACCUCUUCUCCCACGCGCAGAUGAACUCGUCCGUGCCGUCCACGUCGGCUCCGGCCGCGGCGCCGCCGGCCUGGCAGCCGCCCUUCUUCGACAUCGCGUACAGGUCCGCCAGCCUGCGGUCGCAGGUGCAGCAAUGCGGGGACGGGCCCGCUGUGGCGGCGAGGGGCGUCAGCGCCGCCGUGAAGAGGCGCAUCAUGGCGUCGCUCAAGAUCCCCGAGGACGAGUACACCAUGGUGUGCACCGCGAACCGGACCAGCGCCUUCCGGCUCCUGGCGGAGUCCUACUCCUUCACGCCGGGGGGCGGCGGGGGCGGAAGGAAGAAGCUGCUCGCGGUGUACGACUACGAGAGCGAGGCGGUGGGUGCCAUGGCCGAGAGCGCGCGCGGGCACGGCGCGGAGGUGCUGCACGCGAGCUUCGCGUGGCCGAGCAUGCGCGUCCACGCCGCCGACCUCCGCAAGAAGUUGCUCCGCGGGCGGCGGCGGCAGGGCGGGCGCGGCCUCUUCGUGUUCCCGCUGGUGUCCCGGAUGACGGGCGCCAGGUACCCGUACCUGUGGAUGAGCGCGGCGGCGGAGCAGGGGUGGCACGUGGUGCUGGACGCGUGCGCGCUCGGCGCCAAGGACCUCGACACGCUCGGCCUCUCCCUCCUCCGCCCGGACUUCAUCGUCUGCAACUUCUUCAAGGUCUUCGGCGAGAACCCAUCGGGCUUCGCGGGCCUCUUCGUCAAGAAGGCCAGCCUCGCCGCGCUCGAGCGCUCCGCCGUCGCGCGAAGCAUCGGCAUCGUGGACAUCGUCCCGGCGCGCCGGUGGUCGCUCCGCGACGACUACUCCACCGACCUCGACACCUCGCUCACCUUCCCCAAGCUCUCCGGGCCGCUGGAGCCAGCGGCGGACGACCUCGACACCACCAGCUCUUUCUCCGGGCCGCUUAGUAGCACCGCCAUCGGUCGCCGGACUGACGCAGCCGAGAAUGGUGACACAUCGGAGAUCUGCGAAGUGGACAGCACGCCGUAUGCAGACGAGGAGGACAAUCCACUGCCGCCGCCGCCGCCAGCAGCCGAGAAUGGUGACACGUCGGAGAUCACGCUGGAGGUGGAGUGCAGGGGGCUGGACCACGCGGACGCGCUGGGCCUGAUCGCCAUCGGCAACCGGCUGCGGUGCAUCAGCAACUGGCUGGUGGUGGCGAUGCAGAGGCUGCGGCACCCGCACCCGGAGCACGGCGGCGGGCAGCAGCUGGUGCGACUGUACGGGCCGCGCGUCAAGUUCGAGCGGGGGCCGUCGCUGGCGUUCAACGUGUACGACUGGAAAGGGGAGAAGGUGGCGCCGUUGCUGGUGCAGAAGCUCGCCGACCGGCACUGCAUCUCCCUCACCUGCGGCUUCCUGCACAACAUCUGGUUCGCCGACAAGUACGAGGCCGACAGGUGCGCCGUGCUCGAGCAGAGAGGCGACGGCGCCGGCGAGGUGGGGAUCCACGUGGUGAGCGCGUCGCUGGGCUUCUUGAGCAACUUCCAGGACGCCUACAGGCUGUGGGCGUUCGUGGCCAAGUUCUUGGACGCCGACUUCGUGGAGAAGGAGAGGUGGAGGUACACGGCGCUCAACCAGAAGACCGUCGAGGUGUAGGUCGCCACCUCCAUGUUCGUCGACCCGCUUCAGCUUGGUACAGUUCAGUUCACUGCGUCGGUAUUCACCACGGCCAUUGUUGUGGAAUCAGCUCGGCCGGACGGUGAG